AUGCGCCAAAGGGUCCGGGAGGUGGGCCCGCACCGAGCUCGACUCGGACUCGCGCAUGGUUUCGGCGCCGCCGCGCACGUUUUGGGCGCGCAACGUUUCGGCGUCGCGCGGCGGAACGUGGUAGUCGGGCUCCGGCGCCCGCUCCGGGUUGGACCGCACCAAGCUUUCGCCGUCGGGCGAGAUCUCCACCUGCCGCUCGGAAAUCAGCGCCAUGAGCUUGAGAAAAUUCAGCUGCGCAAACUUCUCGCUCGUCUCGUCCAGGCGGAGCCCGCCCUGCUCCAGCAUCAGCCGCUGCACCUGGCGCGCGGCCUCUGCAAACCGUUCCUUGUCGUCGUCGGCCUGAACUGUGUCCGCCUGAACUGCCUCGUUCUGCACUUCCUCCCUUUGCGCCCCGUUCUGCUCGAGCUGCGCCAACUCGCGCUCCACCUCGUCAAACUGCGCGCCAAGGUCCUCGACCUCCAUGUCGGUGUCUUUGUUUGUGUAGGCGGGCGCGUGGGUGAAGGUGAGCGGCGUUUUCUGCAUGAACUGGCGGUUCCAGCUCGGGCGGUCGCGGAGCGAAAGCGCAUGGAAGUCGUCGACCCAGCCGGACUUCUGGCUCUGGUUCUGGGCGAGAAACUGCUGCGCAAACGUAUUGGGCUGUUGAAGCUGGUUCUGACCCUGAAAGUUCUGGCUCUGGUGGUUCUGGAGCUGGUUCUGAAGCUGAAGAUUCUGAUGACUCUGAGGUUGAUGAUUCUGAAGCUGAUGAUUCCGAAGGUUCUGAAGCUGAUGAUUCUGGUGCUGGUUCUGAAGGUUCUGGUUCUGAAGAUGAUGGCUCUGUAA